AUGUUUAAGUGGGUUACGCCGGCCUCAACGGCGACGUUGUCCCGCUGCACACUGUCAGCAGCAGCAGCAGCAGAAACAACAACAACAUCGGCAAUGGCAGCAACGAGAACAGCUACGACAACGACGAGAACAACAAGACCACAACUACUUUCCAUCGCUUUAACAAGUUUAAUAAUAAUAGUCGCAUCAUUUGUGCCGACAACAAGUGGAUUUAGAUCAAUUGAAACGAAUGGCGGCGGUCGCAAGCUGUUUGGGGGCUACCGCAUCACACCGAAGCACUGCCGUGCCACCAAGACGCUGCCCAGCUCGGAUCCACGGGCCAAUGGACCCACGAUCUGCAUGUUCAACCACGAGUGCGCCCAACGGGGUGGCGAGGUGGUGGGCGCCUGCAUGGACGGCUUCCUCUUCGGCGCCUGCUGCCAGAUCCCGCCCACCCACGAGUUGGCCAGCACGCUGAUAAACGAGGCGCAGAACGCAUACUUCCAGCAGCACCAGCAGCAGACGAAGCUCCAGCAGUCGGCAGCCCAAUCCUCGUUCGAGAACUACGGCGAACAGCAGCAGUCACUGAGUGAGGAGCAGGGGGCACAGCAGCCUGCGCAGAGCAUAUACGAUCAGCAGAACCUGGACAAAGUUUACCAGCAGCUGGGCAGCAGCAGUAGCAUCAGUCCACCCAGCGGCGCCUACGGAGAUGAGCCGCAGCAGCUGGAAUAUCAGCCGGAGUCGGAGCAACCCGUAAGGGAUGAGAAUGCGUAUCCCACCAGCAGUUCGUCCACCGAGACCACUCAGUCGCAGUCCUCCUCCGCCAGUGUGGAAUUCGAACAGGAGCCCUCCCAACCAGCAGUUGCCUCCAACGAGCAGACCACUCAGAAGAUCAACAAGCAACCCGUCCAGCCACCCAACUUCCACGUUCACAAGCACUCCGUGACCAUCAACUCACCGUCGUCGCCUCCUCAAAACGAUGACUUCGUGAUGCAGGUGCUAAGCACCUUGCCACCUGAGCAUGCCGAUGACCAUCAUAUUGUCUUCACUACAGAGGUGCCCACCAAAAUUGCUAGUGGCUUGCAGGAUCAAACGAGCUCUGAGUCCAACUCCUUCGAAGAGGUGUCUUCAACGCCAGCAGCCACCCAAAAACCCAAACCCAAGCCAACUCAAAAGCCCACUCAAAAGCCCACUCAAAAGCCCACUCAGAAGGCCACGCAGAAACCCACUCCAAAACCCACACAGAAAGCCAAGCCGAAACCAGUUCCCCAACUGGCGGAGACCAUGAAGCGACCUAUCCAACAGAAGCCACUGCAGGUGGCGAAACCUAAGCCAAGCUCCAAGCCUGCCCAGUCGACGAACAACCACCACCACAACCACUUAAUCCUGGACGGUGGUGAGUUCACGCACAGUGAUAUUACCCACCCCGGAGCAGAUGCAGAUCUCGUGGAGGAUCUGCAAUUCUCCACAGGCUAUGGACCCCAACCCGUGUACGCGGAACCACCGAAGCAACAACAGCAACCGGCGGAGCAGAGCUACAUUUCAUCCAGCACUAGUGCCAAACGCCCAACGACCGUUCAUAACAGUCCCACCACUGUUUCCUCGAUUACCACCCACGUGGACUCCAUCGAGUCCAUCAUCCUGCAGCUGAACAACACCAGUCAUGGUCCCAGCUAUAAUGUCGUGAGCCAGCAGACCCCAUCAUAUGGAUACCCUGGAGAAGCGGUGGUUCAGACUGAGGCAGCAACCCAAAAUCCAACCUUCUACCAGGAGAACGAGGCGGAGAAGGUCCAGGAGUCGGACUCGCAGUCUGACUACGGUUACACCACCACAGUUAACUACGAGUCUUCCUACGACAAAGUUUCAGAUGAGCAGGAUGCCUCUGCUGCUCAAAGUCAGUCUGCUGAGAUGCCCACCGCUCGGCCUGGAUACGGAGAAGAUGUGUCCGCUGUGCUGGAGGACCACACGAUGCCGGCCAAUGGUUACCACGAUGCUGAGGCUCCAGUUGCUCCACAGACUUCCGAGUUCAACAAGAUGCCAGUGAUGGGCAUUGCCUAUCCAGUGGAUAUGUCCUAUAUGGAGGAGGAGGGAAAUCUGCCGGCAACUGCACCUGGCUAUGGCCAGCAAGUAAGCAGUGACUCCUAUGAGGCAAGCACUGAAUCCACCUACCAGAAGCUGUCCACAGUCCAAACGGAAGAGCCACAGCCACUGCCAGCUUACAUGCGUCCCACAACCAAUGCCAAUAAGCAAAAUCGCCCAGUGGCCUCUUACAUUGGGAUGGUGACAAUGCAGAACUAUAGCCCACAGCCAGGAAAUGGUGACUACCAGGCCCAGGUUCCCCCCGAAGUGUCCGUGUCCUCGCACACCACCAAAGUUCAGGAGCACGUGGAUGAGACCUCCAAUGGCUAUCAGCAAUCAGAGACAACUGCCGGCUACAUUUCCCCACCAACUGCUGUGCCCGCGCCAGCACAGCGGCCUCAGUACGACGCCGUGCAAGCUGAUGCUUCCUCGGAGCGACCUGUCCUGGUGACGGCCAGUCCCAGGCCCCGACCCAAGCCCAGUACCAAGCGACCUGCCGUAAAGAGGCCCAUCAGCGGUGAGAACACCAAGAAGAAACCUCAGCCACAGCCAAGUUCUGGUGCCUACAACCAGGAGAAGAUUAGCGAACAAAGCACCAAAAAACCCGGGUCCAGUGGAUACGAUCAGGUGCCCGAGUCGCCCAUCACACACAUUCAGAUCAAGAAGCCGUCGGCAACUCAUCACAAGGAACAAGAACAGACUGGGUACCCCAGACCAGCCAGUCCUGCGGGAUACGAACAGACAACUGCCGCUGCUCCUGCGCCAGCUGCUCCUUCUCUGAACUACGACAAGCCGGAUGCCCCAACCAGCCAGUACGAGCAGCCCUCUGCUCCGUCUGCUAGUUACGAUCAGUUGGCGCCCAUGCCGUCUCUAAACUACAACGAGCAGCAUGCAAGCUCACCAGGAAGGAAGCCCUCAACGGCCAAGCCCAUUUCCACCAGCUAUGUGACCGGACCCAGUACCCCACGACCCCCCGCCACCGUCGACUACCACUACGACAAUGUGCCCCCACUGUUCAUGGCGGACGACAAGCUAGACGCCUUUAUCCAGAGCACGGCGGAGAACAUUGUCGGAUCGACCCCGGGCAACUACCAGCCUCCGCUGGUGGCUACCGCAUCGACGCCCGCCUACGCCCAUAGACCAACCAGCAGUGGUAGCUAUGGCCAUAAGAAGCCUGGUUUCGUUCAGAUUAAUGGAACACCAAAGCCCCCCAGACCGACGGUGCUCAUUACUCCCAAGCCCACUACCAUAAAUCUAGUGACUUACAGCUCUUUAAGCGACGAUAACAACAAGCUGGCCUCCAGCACGAGUUCCUAUGUGACCGGAAGACCAGGAGCACAGGGAGUAAGUUCUAACGACUUCGAAGAUCCUGGAUACUUUGGCAGUAGCCCCGUCCAUGUGGCCUUCACGCAAUCCACCACGGAGACCGUCUAUGCAGUGCCCUCCGAUGACAAACCAGCAUUCCCUGGAUACUUCGGACCGACGCCCUCGUAUCCCGCCUUCUCAGUUCCUGGCGAGAAAGUGGGCCAGAAUGUGAUGGAGGAGACCUACACCUCGCCCAAUGACUUCGUCAACUUCCCGCCGGUGAGGAACCCCAAUCUGAACAUGUCGGCUGCCUCCAGCGCAGUGACCAGCGAUCUCGACCUCUCCACCCCCGCCUUUGUGGAGGACGUUGUGCUCAAGGACAAGAUGCACACUUUGGUUCACAAGUUGGUGGCCUCACUGCAGGGUAACUUUGAGGCCCUGGCCGAUAUGAUCGAAGAGCCUGGAAGUAACAAGACCGUGGCCACCUACCAGGCCGGAGCAGGUGGAACUGCGAAGCCUGUGAGAGUGGUAACCACACGGAAGCCUGUCAGGACAGCCACCACAGCCAAGCCCAAGGUAACCACAAAGAAACCAGUGUCCCGGGUCACGACCAAGCCUCCUAACAAGAAGACCUCCGCGGUCAGCACCACCACUCGCAAGCCCGCGACGCGCCGCACCACCGUUGCCGCCAAGGUAACCACCACCACUCGGAGACCGGCGACGAAGAAGCCAACGCGUCGGGUAAGCAGCACCGUGAAGACCACGACCAUAAGUUCGGCCAGGCCGGCGGACGACGAGAUCGUGGACGAGGAGGACGAAGAGGACGUUAACCCGAAUCCCAGCGACAACGAGAUUGACCAGGGAGCUACCUUGAGCUCGUACGGCGGAGCCAAUGGUCGGAAGAUUCACUCGACUUCUCGAACACUCCCCACUCCUAACCUCGCAUUUCACUCCCCAUCAACAGAGUGCGGCGUGCGGCCCCAUGUCAAGUCCGGCCGCAUUGUCGGCGGCAAGGGCUCCACCUUCGGCGCCUACCCCUGGCAGGUUCUCGUCCGGGAGUCCACCUGGCUGGGCCUGUUCACCAAGAACAAGUGCGGCGGCGUCCUAAUCACCAGCCGCUACGUCAUCACCGCCGCCCAUUGUCAGCCCGGAUUCCUCGCUUCUCUGGUGGCUGUUAUGGGUGAGUUUGACAUUUCCGGCGACCUGGAGAGCAAGCGUUCAGUGACCAAGAACGUCAAGCGCGUCAUUGUCCACCGGCAGUACGAUCCGGCCACGUUCGAAAACGACCUGGCCCUGCUCGAACUGGACAGUCCAGUGCAAUUCGAUACCCAUAUAGUGCCCAUUUGCAUGCCCAAUGAUGUGGCGGACUUCACUGGACGCAUGGCGACCGUGACCGGAUGGGGACGCCUUAAGUACGGAGGUGGAGUGCCAUCUGUUCUCCAGGAGGUGCAGGUGCCGAUUAUCGAGAACAGCGUUUGCCAGGAGAUGUUCCACACUGCUGGACACAACAAGAAGAUUCUCACCUCCUUCCUGUGCGCCGGCUAUGCCAAUGGACAGAAGGAUUCCUGCGAGGGUGACAGUGGCGGACCGCUGGUGCUGCAACGACCGGAUGGACGCUACGAGUUGGCCGGAACCGUCUCGCACGGCAUCAAGUGUGCGGCGCCGUAUCUGCCAGGUGUCUAUAUGCGCACCACCUUUUACAAGCCGUGGCUGCGCAGCAUAACGGGCGUAAAAUAGGCAGUUUCUCUAGAGUUUCCAUGGUCUCCCCAUCCCAGAGAUGGCCAACGCCAACUAGCUGCUGAGGCAGGAGCACCAAGUGUAAAUAGAACGUAGAGUUUUAAGAGUCGCGGUUAGGAGCGUGCGAAAGUUGGCUCAUCUUCUGCGACGUCGCAUUUUCGGACCCCUUCCUCAAACCCCCUCCAUGCUACCAUCAUUUCAUUAGCUUAAUUGAAAAUCAACUGCAGCACCUUCAAACGAAAUUCGCCGGGGAUUUCCACAUUCCGAGAAUGCGAUAUUUCGCUUGGCCAGGCUGCAGAUUCCGUUUUUUUGAGUACGCGUGCCUAACACUUGUAGAGUCUGAAUGAGAAUUACGCUGAUUGCAAACCGUAGGCCUAAGACAUAUUUAUUCUAGUUCUAAGCCUAUUUAUUUGACUAUUUAUUUAUUUAUGUGACGUGACGUCGAGAAGCGCGGCGAUUUGUGCGUUUGAUUCAACUAAAAAAAUUGUUAUCUUCAUAGGCAAAUUGUUGUUAUGUUCAAAUGAGAGCGAGAGCAAAUGUUUUUAGUUCAAUUGAAUUUACUAAUUUAUCGGUUUAUAUUAUUAAUUCUUUUAAAUGAAUAUGUUAACUGUUAAGUGAACGAACAAAU